CUGUAUCAGGAGACAGAUCAGCAUAAGACCUAGAACACUCAGCAAGUACAUGCAGGCUGAUAAAAGAUGAUGAAAUACAAGAUUUGCUUUACUAUCUAGACACUUUAAGAUGCAAAGAAAACUGAGCCCAAAGGGACGACAUAUAAGGAAUGUGCAUAAGACGGCUGUGCAAAAUGGAGCUGGAGGAGCCUUAUUUGUGCACAGAGAUACUCCUGAGAAUAACCCAGAUACUCCAUUUGAUUUCACACCAGAAAACUAUAAGAGGAUAGAAGCAAUUGUAAAGAACUACCCAGAAGGACAUAAAGCAGCAGCUGUGCUUCCAGUUCUGGAUUUAGCCCAAAGACAGAAUGGAUGGUUGCCCAUCUCUGCUAUGAACAAGGUUGCAGAAGUUUUACAAGUACCUCCAAUGAGAGUAUAUGAAGUAGCAACUUUUUAUACAAUGUAUAACCGAAAACCAGUUGGAAAGUAUCACAUACAGGUCUGCACUACUACACCUUGCAUGCUUCGAAACUCUGACAGCAUACUGGAGGCCAUCCAGAAAAAACUUGGAAUAAAAGUUGGGGAGACUACACCUGAUAAACUUUUCACUCUUAUAGAGGUGGAAUGUUUAGGAGCCUGUGUAAAUGCACCAAUGGUUCAAAUAAAUGACAACUACUAUGAGGAUCUGACACCUAAGGAUAUUGAGGAAAUUAUUGAUGAGCUCAAGGCUGGCAAAAAUCCAAAACCUGGACCAAGGAGUGGACGCUUCUCUUGUGAGCCAGCUGGGGGUCUGACCUCUUUGACUGAACCACCCAAAGGACCUGGCUUUGGUGUGCAAGCAGGCCUUUAAUUUAUAUUCAACUGUAAAUAUAUUAUUGGAGAAAUAAAAUAUGAAUCACCUACCUAC